UUUAAUCUUUACAAUGAAAGAAGUAUAAGAACUUUCAAAGGCAAAGAAAAGGCUACUGACAGUGAAAAUUCUGUUGAACAGAUUGGUAGUAGUUCUGGUAGACAAAAUGAAUGUGAUAAAUCUACCAGAUAUAGUGAAGACGGCAAUUCAAGUGAACAAAAUAAACUUGUAGAAUCUUUACCUGAAGUUUCCACAAAUGCAGCAGCCCAGAAACAAGCUAUAAAUGAAAUCACUAUAGCAGAAAAAAAACUUACAGAAUUUACAAUAUUUCAACAGAUUUUCAGUCAUCCACUACUUCUUUUUCAGCAUCCAAAUCUAUAUAACCAAAUUCAUGAGUUUGUUAAAUCUGGAUUAGCUGAUGAAAAACGGCAAAAAGAAGUGGUUAAAGUACGAAUAAUAGAAAAUUUGCGCAAAAACCUUGAAGAAAAUUAUAUACAUCAUCACCCAGCAUGGGUCUUAGUUGCUGGAGUUUUAUAUACUGAUAUACAUGAACAUCCUGAUAGUUAUUACUGCCUUGCAUCUGUUUUUUCUAAUAUGUCAGUUGUCAUCUCUCAAAAUGACAAAGCGAAGAUAGAUCUUGGAAUACUAGCUAUAGGUCAAACAUUUCGUAUAUUACAAUCAAUCAAUGAUCUUAUUUGUGUAGUGGAUUAUGAUUUUGUGAUAGGGUUUGAGCAAAAAUUAGUUCCUUCUGUAUACCUUUUAAUGAAACUAGGUGAAUUAAAUAAUGAGCUACGAACUGGGCAACUUGCUAUUUUUGUAUGGCGCCAAUGGUCUCUUGGUACAUCUUCAUUUACACAUAUUCAAGAUCUUGACAAUCUUACUAUAAAUUCCCAAUAUGAUAAUAUUUUGAAAACUAGUAGAGAAAUUUGGCCGAUUUGGGUCUU